UCAACUUGUGAUGAAACACUCAAAUGACAAACCUAUUUCUGUCAAACCUAUUCAGGGGAAUAAUACACUUAAAUUAAUCAUCUGUGCUCUAGGUAUUUUUGUGUGUUACUUUUAUUAUGGACUUCUCCAAGAAAAAAUUACUCGUUCUAAGUAUGGAUCAGAUGAUGAAAAGUUUGUUUACCCAAUGUGUUUGGUUCUCUGUCAAUGUAUUGUCAAUGCCAUUUUAGCGCAAAUACGUAAGUUAUCACACAGUCAAGAAAAAUUAGCUUCGAUGUACAAGGAUAAACCAUCGAGUUCGACUGUUGCUGACAAACCACUACUGGGAUGGGGAGAAAUACUUUUGUUAUUAUAUCUCACAAUGGAUGGGUUGACCGGUGCUAUUCAAGAAAGGGUGAAAUCAAAACACAAAACUCAAUCAUGGCACAUGACAUCUAGUCAAUUAUCAUUUAUAAUCUUAAUGUUUUAAGGCCACAAUUUUUACAAAGAAAUG